UAGAAACAACAUCUAUAUUCUCCGAAUCCGAAGGACUAGUCUGUUCUCUUCUCUUCUGGUUAGUCAGUACAUCAAAAAGAAAAGAAGAAGAAAAUUAUUAUACGUAUGUAUGUAGCACCUCGAUGGAAUGACGAUUUAUGUCAAUGGGAAAACGGCGAGCAGGAUUCAGGAAUGAACGAUGAACGCCAAACGCCAAACAGUAUAAUACCACGAGUCCCCGUGCGACUAUGAAGUAUGAAGUGUGAAGUAUGAAGUAUAAAAGAGCACGAUAAACAACUCACGAGCAGCCAUCCAAUAAGAACAAAGCGUGAAAGAACGGUAGCGACAAAAAAGAAAAAGAAAAAGAAAAGACAGGCGCCACACCGAAUCCAAAUGCUCAUGAGAACGUGCGUCACACACACGCGCGCGCAGGACAUAAGGCAGGCAAGCGGCUAGUGAACGUUGAACGUUGAACGAUAAGAAUACAUGCAUGCAUACAAACCCAUGUCACAAAAAAGAAAGAGCAGAUUGUACAAUUGAAGGAAGGAACGAAAAAGCGAUAUGAUGACGGCGGAACGGAAUGAAAGAAUGGGUGUCGUCAAGACGAUGGAGAUGAUGUCCGAUUGUUUGUAUGAGAAUCGAUAGCGAAUGACGAGGCGACGGAGCGGUGACCGGUGGACUACAUGUUUGUGUGUUUGAUUGACGAUACGAUACAAAGAGUGAAUGCUGAGUCGAAGAAAAGAUUCUAUUGCAGAAGGUCGUGCUCGUGCACCGUCGGAGGUGAGCUCGACGAAGCCCUCGGUUGUGUCGUCUGUACAUGUACAUUCGACUCGUCCUUCGGCUUCGUGAUCAAUGCCGGUCCAGCCUCAAGUAUCACAUCUCCAUCCUCGCUAUCCGAGUCCGAGUCCCCAAGGAAAUCCAUAUCCGUCUCUUCAUCGGACAAAACGACGAGCUGGCCCGUAGGCACGCCACCGUUAACGUUCGCCUUGCCCUUAGGUGGCCCCUGCGGCCCCUGUGCCAAAAUGACGUCUCCUUCGACUGCACCGGCGGCGGCGUCUGCGGCCGCAUCGACCUGUUCCACAUUCGAGAUGGCGGCCGUUUCGCGACUGAAGACGUAGCGGAUGCCGACAGGGAUCAUGACGCCGACGACGACCGCCGCGAGCCCAAAAAAGUUCUUCCACGAGAUAAGAUGAAAGUCGUCCGCGCUCGUCAUCUCGUCGAGCCCGCCUCCGAUGGUGGUGUGAAUCACAGUAACACCAAAAAUACCGAGGAAGGUGGAGAUCCAGAAGGGAACGAUGCCGAUCCCGACGUGGGGGCAGAUGACGUUGACGACCCAGUGUGGGGGCAGAGGGGCGAUGCGGAGGACGAUGAGGAAGGGAAUGAUGUUGGCGCGCUGGGCUUGGAUCUUUUCGGACCAUUUGUCGAGUCUGGACUGGAACUUGGGGAGGGUGAGUAGGGCGGGGCCGAGGGCGGCGGAGAUGGCGUAGCAGAGGGUGGCGCCGGAUGCGACGCAGGCGCAGGCGAGGGGUAGGGCGCGUGCGACGCCCCAGACGGCACCGCCGAGGAUGGAGAGGUACAUUGAGCCCGGGAGGGAGAAGGCUUGGAGGAAGAGAUAUGUGAUGACAUAGCAGACGACGAUGCGGUACGGGUAGAUGUCUCUGUACUUCUUCAGGAGCUGGUUCAGGUCCUGCAGCUGCGCGAACGACUUUGGGAUGCGGAGCAUUGGCCGAUCGUCUUCUUCGAGGGUGGGGAGUGCUAGCCAGAGCACACCUCCGAGGACGGCGGUGCUGAGGGUGAAGAUGAGGCCCAUCUUGAGCGCGGCAUUGAAGAUCAGUCGGCGGGAGUUGUGGGGCGCGGUGUGGGUGAGGGGUGCGGCGCCGUACGAGUCGCGGCUGCGGGCGAAGGAGGGCGAGAGGAGGGAGGCGCGCUCAUCGUCGUUGACGGUGGCGAGGGUGUACUGCGAGUUGUUCGUGUGGAGGGACGGCGAGCGGGCCAUGGCAGUGGACUGAUGUGGUUGGGAGUGGGCCGAGCGGUGUUGUGGUGCGAUGAGGCUGAGUCCGGCAGGCCCGGCGGGUGUGACGGUGUGACGCGUGACGAACAAAGGAAGAGGAGGUUGGGUCGAACAGCAGCGGACACGCCUUCAGCGCUCGUCUGUGAUACAUAUGCGCGUCCUUCCCUCCAACCCAAACAGCGACGAGCAGCAGCCGAUGGACGUCCAGCAGCAGCAGCAGCUCUCCCACCAGCUCCAGGGCCCGCCGCCGCCACCAGACCACGCCCACGCCGUCAUCAACGGCGCCCAGCAGUCCCCCCCGUCCGCCGCCCAGCCGUCCAGAAAGCGCAAGAAGAACGACGCGAACGGCGAGCCCUCCUCGCCCGCCGAACCACGUCGCCUGAGGCGCUCUCAUGAGGCCUGCGCUCGCUGCAGGAGCAAGAAAAUCAAGUGCGACUCCAAACACCCAAGAUGCUCUGCCUGUGCUGCCGCUGGCACGCCCUGCCACCAGGAAGACAGGCAUCGGCAGACCCUCACCCCAAGAGGGCACACCGAACACCUCGAGCGCCAAAUCGCUCAGUGCGAUGCACUACUUAAGCGUCACAUCCCCAACUUCCAUCUCGACAACCUCGACGACCUCUGCAGCAGAGAGGGCAUCGACGUCGACAACGCAGGCCCAGCCAUGUCUGCAGCUUUCCAGUUCAAUGGUCCCGGUGCACCUCCCAAAGGCUAUCCAUUCGGCCCACCUGGGCAGCCCAUGAUGCCUCCUGGUUAUCCUGGUAUGCCCCAUGGCUACUACCCGCCCCCAGGAUCGCCCUACCCGCCCCCGCCACACAUGGCCAUGGCAGGCCCCUACCCUCCCCACAUGCUUCCUCCCGCCUUCCAGCAUCCCGCCCCUCUCCCGCCACCUCACAUGAUGCCGCCACCCGGCACCCCUCAGCAGCAGCAGAUGCCUCCUCCGACCACGCCAGGAGGCCGACCCCGCGCUGCGUCCACCGGCAACCCCGAAAUCGUUGGCCAAGACCCCAACUUGAACGACAUGACCACCGAUCAGGCUCUCGCAAAGACCUUUGGCGUUUCGCCUGCCAUCAUGCAGGACCUCAAGCUCGGUCCGCAGGCGCUUGAUAAGGAAGAUAUCGCGGUCGGUUCCUCCGCCCUCAUCUCUGGACGCGACCGCGACGUGAACGAGUCCUCGCUCCCGCGCGAUACCGCCAAAUGGGUUCAUGUCUCUGUCCGUCGCAACAGCGUGCAUGGCGCGCCCUCCAGCCCGUCCUCGCAGACCCGCAACUCCGUGCCGAUCUGGCUCCCGAAGGAUCGGGACAUGGUGAACCGCAUCCUCGACGUCUACUUUGACAGGCUCAACUUCCACCGCCCGGUCUUCAUGCGCGACUACUUCGAGAACACCCUCAACCAGCUCUACUCCGGCGAAUCAACCCAGCACGAUCCUGGCUUUGUGUGCUCGGUCUAUUUGGUAUUGGCGCUCGGCACGCUCAGCGAACUGAACCACAAAGCGUCCGGAUUGGACCAGGAGGCGAAAAAGAACGCCAAGGCCGGAGUUACGUCCACGACGGUGAACGUGAAGAAGCUCAUGCCGGCUGAGUGGCCCGAGCACGAGGAGUUCUUCGAGAGAGCGCUCGUCGUGAAGAGCGAGCUCAGGGUCACCCUCAGCAGCUUGCAGGCUCUCAUCUUGCUCCAUUGGUACCUAUACACCGAGCGUCAAGGCCGCACCCUCUGGCGCCUCGUCGGUAGUCUCGUCAGAUUGGGCAUCGAGCUCGGCCUGAACCAUGACCCGACCACUCAAGAAGUCUUCGACCCGCAGGAGUGUCAGCUCCGGAUCCGACUCUGGGGGAUCGUGCUCAUGCACGACCGCGGGACGUCGAUUCUCCUCGGACGUCCGCUUGGAAUCGCACCGGGCGAUACGAGCACGCCGCACCCGUCCCGUCCUAAAUCGUCGCGCCCCGAUGUCUCGGAACAUUUCAUACUGCAGCAUGAGAUCGCGGAGAUUCAGGCGGAUAUUAUUAAUUCGCUUUAUACGCCGACGAGGCAGUCGGCGGACACGAUCAUGCGCCAUGCGACGAGGAUCGUGAAGGGGAUGGUCGAGUUUAGGAAUAGGCUCCCUGAGGGGUAUAAGUGGUUCUUUGGGGGGACGCAGGAUUGGCCGCUUGAGAAGAGGUAUAAGCUCGUGCAGGAGAUUAAUGAGGACCAGGGCUUGACGUUGUUGAAGAUUGGGAUUUCGAGGAUUUUGUUGUUGAGGGCGCUGUUCAGUAGCAAGGAGUUGGAAUAUGCUCAGAGGCACAAGGCUUUGGUCGAUGCGAUCGUCGUGUCCCACAACAUCAUCAUCGUCCACUACCAGCUCAUCCGCUUCCCCGACAUCGCCUUCUUCGUCUCUCCCAUCCCACUCCACAUUGCCGCCAUGGUCAUCCUCUACGGCCACAUGUCGCACUGCAACAACCUCGAGCGCCAAGUCGCUCUCGAAGACGUCUGGAUGGCGCUCGACAUGCUCCCCUCCUUCCGCUGGCGCUGGGAACGCAAAGACCUGAACGGCGGACAUCCGCUCAUCGCCCGACUCGCUGAAAAAGUACUCGACGUGAACCUCCGCCUCGUCGGACCGACCUCACACCCCGUACUCAUGCCCGAACUCGACUGGGAGACAGAGGGCGUCGGCUCAGUCUCGUCGUCGAGCUCUUCCGUUGGGAGUCUGCAUCAUGGAUCGCAUGGCGCGCAUGGGCAUGGAGGUCCGGGAGGACAUCAGACGACGCCGAAGAUGUCGAAUGCGUAUCCUGGUUCGGGGGGUUAUACGACCGGUCCUGGGACACCGCACUCUAGCUCGGCGAUGACGAAUAGUCCGGGGGCGACGAGAGGCGGUGGUGGGCCUGGUGGAGGAGGAGGAGGGCAGCAUACGGGGGUGAGCACACCGGUUGGGGCUGAUCAGAAGUUGGCGGAGGUGCCUGCGGGCUUGUUUUAUCCAUUCUUCCCGGAAUCGACUGUCGUUCCCGAUGGGGGCACACCGGGACCUGGGGCUGCAGGACCGGGCGGUGCGAGGGGGGGCGCUCCUGGGCAAGUUGGUGCGGGCGGAGGUGGAGCCGCGAAUGGGGGAGCGAGCAACGGGACGCCUGUGGGAGGGAAUGGAGGAGGGGGCGGGGAUUAUACGCAGAUAUUGGCGCAGGCGGCGGCGCAGCAGGGGACGGGACAGUGGGGCGCGCCGAGCCAGGAGAGUUAUAUGCUGGAGGAGAAGGAUGUGAGUAUGAGCCAUCAUUCGCAUUCGGGGAAUAUGUCGGUGCAUAUGUGGAGUGGGGGGGCGCCGUUUACGCCGAUGGGGCAGCCGGGGGCUUGAGGAGGUGUAUGCGUGCAGGAGAUGAGAAGAGGGAAAAAAGGAAUGUGGGUGUGGUAUGUGGUAUGUGAAAGUUGAAGUUGAAUGUUUCUUGGUGGUGGAGGGGACGAGAAGCUGAACUUCGGUUUUUGGCUUCUCUCUUCACGUUUCGUUAUGUCGUCACGUCGCUCGAAUAUUCACGCGCCUGUGUGUGUGCUCUUAUUAUCCUUCACGCUUAUGCCCGCUCGUUCGCUCGUUCGUCCUGUGCGUGUGUCCUUUUUGCGUUGGUUUCGUUUCGUCUUCGUUCCUCAGAUUUUCUUGUGUGUACAUAUAUCGUAUCGUAGUCGUUUUGUUCGUUCGGUCCGCCCCCUCUCUUUGCUUGAUCGGCCCCGUUCUUGAUAAUCGUGUCCGUGAGCUAUGUUCAUGAGUGGCUUUUCAUUUUCAACCCGUCAUUGGAUUCACUGGCAAAGAGGCGUGAUCCUUUAUGAAUAGUAAAUACUCCGCUUGUCCGAGUCUCGUCGUUUUGUACUUCUACGCCGGUUACUUAUAUACGGUACAUAAAACAAUCAAUGAAUGUGAUAGUCU